AUGGCUUCCCCAAAGCAGGACACCCAGAGUGUCCCAUUGGAACCACCAGUUCUUUCCACUCUUGAUGAUGAGAUUCUGAAGUCUGAAAUGAAGCACGUUGAGGGCGAGGAGCCGGUCACUAUGCCGGAGAGCCUCCGUGGCAUGAGUGAAGCAGACCUCCAGAAGCUCGAAACUAAAAUGGUCCGGAAAAUGGAUUUGGUUAUCAUGCCGAUCAUGGGCAUCUUGUAUAUUCUCAACUACGUCGAUAGAUCUGCUCUUGCCGCUGCCAAGGUUUAUGGAAUUAUGGACGACCUUAACAUGACUACAAGCGACUUCGCCACUGCCAUUUCGAUUCUCUUCGUUGGUUAUCUUCCCUUUCAAAUUCCCUCGAACUUGAUCAUGACCAAGAUCACCCGACCUGGGCUAUAUAUCUGCAGCGCUGCCGCUAUUUGGGGUUGUGUCAGCGCCGCAACUGCCGCUGUGAAGAAUUAUGAUAGCCUGCUAGCUAUUCGUGUCAUGCUUGGUGUAACGGAGGCUGUAUUCUUCCCAGGCGUCAUCUACUUCUUGAGUGCAUGUGAGGGUGUUUGCACUGUCGGUUGUGGUAUUAUCUUUGCCAUGAUCAUGCCGGAAUAUCCGCACAAUGCUCGCUUGUUGAAGCCCAUUGAGCGUGACUAUGCGGUCUGGCGCCUUGAGAUGGAGGCUGGUGCUGGUGAGGCCCACGAAGACACCACCACUUGGGGAGGCUUCAGACUUGCUGUCCUAGACCCUAAGAUCUGGGUUAUGGUAUGGUGCAUGGGCAUGGGUCAAGCUAUGGGUAGUAUUGUCAACUUCUUCCCGUCCAUUGUCUCAACACUCGGUUACGACAAGAUCAAGACUCUGCUAUUGACUGCUCCACCUUACCUCCUUGCGGCAAUCUGGUUCUAUAUUAUCUCCUACAUCAGCGAUCGCAAGAAUACCAUGUAUCCCAUCAUCGUAUUUUGUCUUGGUGUUGCCGUUAUUGCAUACACUAUUGCUUUGGCUACAAUCAAGACUGGACCACGAUACUUUGCCAUGAUGUUAAUGCCUUCUGUUUGCUCUGGUCCCCAGAUCAUGCUCUACAAGACCCUUAACGUCCAUAUGGCUCGUCCUUACCCCAAACGAGCUGCUGGCGUUGCAAUGAUCAAUGCAAUAGGAGGCUUGAGUAAUGUCUGGACUAGCUAUCUCUACUACAACGCACCGCACUACUAUGCUGCCUUUGGUUGCUUGCUUGGCUGCGCGGUUUCCUUCUUCGUGACAAUCACGGGCUACCGCAUCCAUGUGAGGCGUGUCAACAGGCUUCUCGGAGGCUCCCCAGAGGACCAGCGCAAGGCCAUGAAGAGCGGCGUAACCCAACAGCAGGUCGACCUCAACUGGCGCUAUAUCGGUUACUAA